AGGGAAACCCCCACGCAUGAUUCCGAACAUUUAAAGUUAAGAUUCCACGCAUCAGUAGAAAAUCUGCUUUUGAGGUGAGGUUCUCCCACAGAAAUUCUUGUUAUUUCAAAUUAGAGAUAGAGAGGAGAGAGGGGCGUUAUGGCAUUGAUCAAGCAGACAGUGGUUGUCUUGGUGACACUGUCGGUGGUAUCAACAUGGAUACCAGUCUCAGAGAGUGCCAAAACAGACAAACCUCUUAUUGUUGCGAGAAAAGAUGAUAUACCGUACAUCAAAUGCCAAGUUUGUGAAAAGGUUGCCUCACAGUUGUACCGGCAAGCUCAAAAGAAGCAGGAUCAGAUCUCUCCCCAGAAGAUCAGCGAGUAUCAAGUGAUUGAGAUUGCGGAGAACGUAUGCAAUUUGAAGAAGGAAGAAGCUGAUUGGAUAAUGAAAUUGGAUAUAAUGGAGCAAGGUGAUAAGCUAGAGCUGAUAGAACAAGAUACUGAAGGUCAAUGCAAUUCAGAAUGCAAGACAAUCGAGCAAACUUGCCAACAGGUCAUGGACUACGUCGACACUGAUGUUGCUGAAUAUAUAUAUACUACCAAGCCUCAGAUUGAUUUAUUGGUGAAACAUCUCUGCAAAGAUCUGACUAAUUCUUGUACUAAGAAACCACCUCCAGUCCCCAAGAACAGGAUGCCUGGGGAACCUUUUGUGCCUAAACCAUCGAAAGAGGUUGAAAUGGAAAAGAUUAUGAGAUCUAUGGAGGGUAUGCCUGGAGCUCCUGGCAUGAAAAUGUAUUCAAGGGAAGAUUUAAUGGGAAUGAACAAUUUUGGUAAUGAAGAUGCUGAGGAUGAAGACGAUGAAGAUGAACAGUUCCCCUCAAAUAUGGGAAAAGUUUUAAGAGAGAAGCAGGACAUGAAGGAUGACUGGAAACAGAAGAUCUUUGAAGGGAUAAAAAGCACAGCUGAGGCAUUGAAGAGGCAUACAAAUAUAGUGUCCAAGCAGAUACAGAAAUGGUGGAAAGGAAUACGUGCAGCGCCUGCAAAGAAGAAUUCAAAGACUGGCAAAUCAGAACUUUAGGACCGCUAAAUGGCUUUACAAUGCAGUGAGAGAACUCUGAGCAAAAAUGGACUUGUAAAGGAAUUACUGCAGUUACACAGCAAGGGCGUGCACAUCCUUUGUUUAUUAUAGUGAACUGGUCUUUUGGUUUUUCGGUAUAGAUACCAGAAAACUUGAGGCAGUAGGAACUGAUUAGAAUAUGAACUGAACCAACUCUUCUUGAAACUUCUGUUUUCAUCUUUUAGAGGCACGCAUUUUUGUCUACACUAUCUGAUAAUGAUUUUAUAUCUGAAUGAGUUGAUUCGAAA